AUGGAAAGUAAACUAACAACAGAGAGUUCCACAACAGAAAUUCCUAUGACUUCGAUGGAAAGUUCCACAACAAAUGUGACCGAGGUAACAACAGGAUUUACAACCACAAAUCUAUCACCAUCUACACCAGAAGAAACUACGAAAGCAUCAACAACAGAAACAACAGCAGAAAGAUCUACUGCAACAACAAGCACUCAAGUGACAACUAAGACCACAGCAUCAGAAGCAGUAACACAGGGACCGAUAGCGCCUGAAUCACAGACCGGAACAGAUGCCAAGACAGAACGAGCCAUCACUGUAGUCGUGUCUGUAACCAUCGUUGGAAUCCUCAUGGCGAUAUUAGCAAUCGUCUUUAAACGGAGAAAAAAGAUUCCGUUCAGAAAACAAAGGAACCCCAUUGGAAUUACUUACCGGCAUUUCAGCAGCGGUAUAAGCUCAAUUUACGACCAAAUUAUUCUGCCGGAAAUGGACUUACUGAAUUUCGAUUCAGAGAAAGAGGAUGCUGGAGACAUCAACGAAGUCGGAGCUUAUUAUCAGAAUGUGCAUACCGAAGUUGAAUCCGACAAUGGUAAUCUUGUGUCGACAGAAGAGCAAAAGGAACUAAUAAAUCAUGGAAGCAUAAAUCACGUGAUACAAAAUGGAGGGAAUACCAAGGAACACGCCGUCGAUACAAAUGGUGUAAAUAUAGAGAAUUCAAAAAAAAUAUCAGUAGCAAAAAAUCAAAAUGGUGAAUCAAAUACUAGUAUACAAUUAAACGAAUCUCCGUCUCAUGUAUCUGUGAUAAACGUUAGAAAAUCGUCUCAAUCCGGGGCCUCUGGAGAUCGACCAGAACAAACUAUGACAAGACCGAACGCAAAAAAUGAAACGAAGAAAAAUGUAUCAGUGAUUCAUGUCUCAAAAUCAUGAACUUAAAAUGAAAACUGAUUAUGUAUACUGUCCAUGUUUUAUC